AUGGUAUCUCCAUUUUACAAUAGUGACUAUUCUUAUCAUCUUCAUCAAACUGACGAUAACUGUAACAACAAUAACGCUAAUAACAAUAUUUGUGUUAAACAACAGCAGCAAGAGCAAUCAUUUGAUUAUUCUUAUAUACAACCUUUUAUAAAUGAAAAACUUGCUGCUGCUGCUUUCGUUGCAAAAUUUUAUCAACCAUAUGUCUAUCCAGCAACAACGACAAUAUCUACUGCAACAACCGGUGAUGCUAAUACUGAUGCUACCGUUAUUGAUAAUACUUCAAACAACGUCGUUGACUUUGAUUUGAUCAUAAAUUCUGGAAAUUUACAAUCUGCUCAACAAAAUGAUAUCGCCGUCACUGCUGCUACUGAUGCAUCCACCAUUUAUGCAAAUCCUGAUGAUUUUUACAAUUACAAUGAAAUGCCAACUUCAACCACUACGAAUGAUAGUUGUGAUUUGACUUUCGGUGACAAUAACUCCACUAGAACUCCCUCACCUAUCGAAAAUGAUCCUCAAACAAUUCCACCUAGUGCAAUCAACAUUUCUCAAAAUCAUCAUCUUCAUCCUAACAAUCAACCUGCCUUUGCACCAAUUUUUACAAACUCUCCAACUGAAGCAAGUUUAAAAUUUGACUAUUUUACUACUCCUCACAUCUCCUCAUCAUCAGCUCAUUCUUACUACAUUAAAUCUUCACCGUCGUCAUUUGAUCAACAACAUCCCAAUCAAUAUUCUUCUAAUCAAAAUAAUAAUUUUAAUGCAAGCGAAUAUUGUAAUCCUAAUUCAAUAUCAACUACAUCAUCAUUACCAUCAUCACCAUACAACGCAACUACCACCGAAAUCAUCGCCAACGUCACCAAUUGUUCACCUGUUGUUGCUUUUACUGAUGAUCAGAAGAAUAAUAAAAGACGACGUAGUAAAUGUAGAACUUUGUCCAAUCCACCAUCUGAACCCGAAAAUAACAACAAUCUAAAUGGAAUAGCUACAAAUGGCAACAAUAAUAAUAAUAACGCUGCUGCUCUCUCACCCAUUACGACCGUACCUACUAGUAAAUCUGUUGCCGCUACACAUCGUCACCAUCACCAUCAUCACCAGCAUCAAAAUUUAAUAACUGAUAAUGUAAUGAGACCAAAUAAUGUUCAUCAAUACUCCUCUACUUCAGGAGAAAAGAAAGUGAUGAUCUUGACUUCAAAGGUAGCACAAAAGUCUUAUGGAACUGAAAAAAGAUUCUUAUGCCCACCACCUACGACAAUGAUCUUGGGUUCCAAUUGGUGUCCUCCAAAGAUUACUGUUGGCAUAUCAGGGGAACAGACAAAUCAACAAGGUAUUCUUGAAUGGAUUAGCCCAUCAGGAAAUUCACUUGAUCCUACAUCAACUUGUUCAGAAAUGAAUUUCAGUGGAAAAUGCGUUUCGAAGCAUUUGUAUAUUAGUGAUGCUGAUGAAAAAAGAAAGAAAGUCGAAGUCUUGGUUAACAUUCAAAGUCCAAUGGGUGAUAAUAUUGGCACUUUUGCCAGUAAACCAAUUAAAGUCAUCAGUAAACCAAGUAAGAAAAGACAAAGUGCAAAAAAUAUGGAAUUAUGCAUUCACCAUGGUUCUACUGUUUCAUUGUUCAACCGUAUUCGAUCUCAAACAGUCUCAACAAAAUAUCUUGGCGUUUCUACACAACAAAAUGCUAAUCAAACUUCUGGUACUUAUCUUGCUUGUCUUGGUGACGUUGUUGGAAUGCAACGUGCAAAUGAUGGUCGACAGAUCAUCAUUUCAACAACCUCCACUCCCACUCCUACAUCUGCAUCUACCACCAUAAACGACAUUUCACCGCCUGCCUGGUCUGGUGCUGCUGCUGAUGUCUUAACUGAGAAUAUUAAAGUUGGACGUAAAAGACGUGUGUCUUCUCCUGCUGCCGUAAUGCGACCAUCAUCAACCAAUUCAAACAAAAGGAGGAGAGUCAAUAGUUUAAGUGGAGUAGCUAGUGAGGUAGAUUUAGCAAGACUAGCAUCUAAUACCAAUAAAAAUUCAGGUGCAUUAUGGACAGAAGACGUAACAGAUGCAGCGGUUUGGACUAUAGUUGGAACAGACUGUGCAACCUACACAUUCUAA